AUGGCGGAAGGCCUUGAAACACAUCCCUCUUUAUCUUCUCACCAAUCCUCUUCUAACGACGUCGUCAAGGAUCAAUCACAGGCACCUUCAUUUGAUGAUCUAAAACCCCCUAGCAGCAAUAACUCGACGUGCCCAAUCAUGUACCCUGCCUUAGUUCCUGGGCUGUUCCCUCCUCAACUGGACCAGGACCAAAUGAAUCGUGGGCCGGGCCUCUAUGCUGUCCCAGUUCUUCCAUUCGCACAAUCCAUUACUGGGUUCCCCACCAAUACUCUUAUACCUUUCACCUACAACAUACCCACUGCAAGAAGUUCAUCGGGGAAUGGAGGUGCGGGUGCUGAGCAGGGACAACUACAACCAGGGGAACAACCUCAACAACAGCAAGAAGCUGGACCUCAAAGACAAGUCAUUGUUCGGAGAUUUCAAAUUGCUAUCCAGCUUGAUCUGUUGCUUAUCUUAAAAUUGGCUGCGGUUAUCUUCUUGUUUAACCAGGAUGGAUCAAAACAGAGGCUUACUCUCCUCGUUUUCUUUGCUUCACUCGUUUAUUUAUAUCAAACUGGAGCCCUUGCACCCGUGAUACGGUGGCUUUCAGAAAGAACACAAAGGGCAGUGGCUCGUCCCCAGCCACCCCGAGCUGCCGCUCGAGCGGACAAUUUACCUGCAGCCGAGGGACGGGGAAAUGAAAACGCUGGCUUAGCAGCAGGGGCACAACCUGUGGGGGAAAACGAGAAUGAUCAAGCGGGUGAUGGUGAUAGAGCUGAUGAUAACGAGCAUGGUGGAGAACAAAAUGAGCAGGUUGAGGCUGGGAAUCGGUGGUGGGGAAUUGUGAAAGAGAUUCAAAUUAUCGUCUUUGGUUUCAUUACCUCACUUCUGCCCGGAUUCAACAACUUAGAUUAG